AUGAAGAAGAUGUCGGGCGUCUCCAACGAAACUCAGGAACGUUUGAGACGGUACAAUGAGGAGCUUGCCAUGCUCAGCCAGCGUAAAGAUGAACUUCGCGGAGAGAUCAACACACUGUCGGCAACAGUGAACGAGAUCGAGAAGGAACGGGAUUCAUGCCGAUCGGAACUGUCGAAACUCGCGAAGGUAUGGCUCACAGUGUUUAUUCUUUUUUGAAAAAAUUUCUUUUUUAGGAGUCGACGACCCUUCCAUCAAUCGCCUUCGAGGCCGAAACAAGAGUCCGUCGGGAGGAAGAGGAGCUGCGCCGUCUCCUCGCGACAAAGACAAAGUUCGAGGGAUAUAAAAAAAAACCUCGAUGGAGGAGUUGGUCGCUCGGGAGGCGGAGUGCCACCAGGCCGAAGAAAUUCUCCAUCAAAGGAGAAAAGAGAUGGAAAAAAUGAAGACGGAGAGAAGAAACACUCACGGCGAUCACAAGGACGGAAGGGAAGAAAAGUUUUGCAUGUGACGGAUGCGCAUCAUGUGUGCAGCUCAAAACGGUAAAAUUGCAUAGAUUUUCUUUAAUUCAUUUUUGUUCCUCAGGAAUUUGACACUCGCAUGGCGAAAAUGAUGGAGUCGGCGGCAGAUCUGCUCCACUGAUACACCUGCCCGGUCUGCCUCGAACUCUACGAGGAUGUGAGCCUGUUCCCUCAGACCUUGCGUACGUUUUCACAUAAAAAUUGCAUUCGCUUACCUUUAAUUUUCAGCGUGCGGCCACACCGUUUGUUAUAGAUGUAGGGAACAUCUGAAGUCGGAACGAAUCGGUCUGGACCGAUACAGCACAUGCCCGGUCUGUCGACAGCCCUUCAACUUCGACAGACCAUAUCCAGCACAAGAUCUGCUGACAAAGAGUCCAUCGUUCAUCCACUUCAAGUAG